ACAGUCGGACCGCAUCGGUUGAUCAACAUGGAAUUAAUCAGACCAAUGAGACUACUGAUUAUCGUGCUUGUUCUAAUAUUGUCGGCGAGGGGCGAUGAGAAUGUCAUCAGCCAUUACGAAAGUGAUUACCUCGAGACCUAUGCAAGGUACAUGAAAUCCGACAUGAACUUGAGUGUAGAUCCUUGCGACAACUUCCUGGAGUACUCCUGCGGAAAUCAUCGGCACAGCUCCCGGCUGCUAUGGAAGUUGCUGGGAGAGUGGGUGGGUGACUACAACACGAUUCACCUGGCGGACAAGAUCGAACACUUUCUGGGCCGGAGGGCUCUGGCCGAGUCCCUCAACGUGUCCGUCGAGCUUGGAGUGGCCCAUCGGUUCUACAACGCCUGUCUCGAAGCCGACAUCUAUCCGUUCCCCGCUGCUGAUCCACACUAUCUGGAACUCAUUCGGUCGAUCGGAGGCUUUCCCGCCGUCGACGGGGCCAACUGGAAUGCCUCCAGCUUCAGCUGGUUCAACAUGAGCGCCCACAUGCUUAAUUACGGGGCAGAGGGUCUGAUCUUGGAUGAGGUCCAUUCGGAACACCCCUUUGAGCCUGACUUGAGCUUCCAAGGACAACGGAUGGGUUUUGAAAAAUACGUUAACGGACCAGUGACUAAUGAGGAGCGUAUGGGUGGUUACCUGAGAUCCUUUAACCUGCCGGAGGAUAAAAUUGCAGAAGUGAUCUCCGGGGUUCUUGCCUUCUGGGAAGAAGCGCGAGAGGUUGGUUCACAAGGGGACCUGCAAGGAGACUGCGAAGCCUUCGAGACCAACUACUUCAAGAUCGUUUGGAACAGAGUUAAGCCAGAGAAGCUCCGAAAGUGCAAUUCCUACUUCGUGGAGAUGGACAAAGUGGUUGCCCGUCAGCCGGAGGCCGUGGCCAAUUACCUGGCCAUGAAGCUGCUGCACAGAUUCGAUGCCAGACUUAGGAGCGCUAAGGGUCAAAAAGGGUAUUGCCAACAGUUACUGGAGGCCUCAAUGGCGUUUCUUUUCAACAAACUGUAUUUGGCGGAGCACUUUACUGAGGAGGUAAGGCUGGAUGUGACGGAAGUUGUGGAGGAGGUAUGGAGUACGCUGAGCAGGUCGCUGGACGAGGCCGAUCGAGUGAACAUGUUUCACAAGUCUCGGAAUAUUCUCAUGGACUUCCCCUUCAACUUUACGAGGGCCAACUUGUACGCCGAUCGCAUUAUCUCCGUGAUUGGCGGUCUGCAAAUAGUCGACGAUAGCUACACGGCCACCACUAUCAAUCUGCACCGUCUUUUCGUUGACACCAAUAGAUACAACGCUCGCCACCCUGAGCAAUUCGACAAGUUCUCCAAGUCCCCUGACCAAAUGUUGGAUUACAUCUUUGAUUUCGACAGGUUCUUGCAGCCACCCGUGUACCACCCCUCUUGGCCGGCCUCCUUAAAGUUCGGUGGCCUGGGCAGUUUCAUUGCGCGCCACGUUUAUAAAAAUCACUACCGUUUUGACUACAACAUGUACAGAGUUGAAAUCAAAAAAUUGGGACUGGCAUUUGCUGCCUAUAAAAGCCACGUCGAGCAUCUGCUGGAGGGUCAAAAGCAGGACAAGAUCAACGCGACGAUGCCAGGACUCGCCUUGUCGCCAGAUCAGCUGUUCUUUUUGGGCUCCACUCAGAUCUUUUGCGACAGUUCCAUCAAAAGACCGCAGACAAGAGCUCGGUACUCCUUAUCGAAAAACCAAGAGUUCUUCAAAGCCUUCAACUGUUCUGCGGGAGCUCCCAUGCGUCAUUAUUGAAUAUUUGUAUCACUCAAAGAACUGUUAGGAUGACCAAUUAAUUGAGAAUUGGAAAUCAAUAAACAUGUA